AUGUCCACCGGCAACAGCAGCCUCGCCCCAGGUCCAAGGAUGGACAAGGAUGGCGUUAAUACCGGAAAAAUGUUCGUCGAAACCAUGAAUAAAAUAUUGUCCAAGCACCAACGCGACAAGCCGGACGAAAGUAAAGCGAAAAGAAAGAAACCUGAUGCAGGGCCUGGUGUCAUUAUCUUGAGUGCAACAUAUAUUGUUGCCAUUGAAAUUGGGGAAGGAAAGGACAAACGUCGACACAUUGUGCAGCUGGUUAAUGGCAAAGAAUACCCUGAUGCUUUGAAGGACGAUGCAGUCUCCCUUAAUUUCUUUACCGAGCCUCCAGCAAAGCUCCCCGACAAAAAGCAGAUGGAAGAAACAAUUGAAAAGCUGAGUACCCACCUCAAGGGCGUAAAGCGGCAGUUGGAAGAGGCUGCUGCGGCUUAG